AUCGCCAAACAUGGUCCAAGAAGAUGAGCAGUACAUUCUAUACGGAGGCCCCGAUCCGGUGGAUUUGUUGCAGGAUGGAUCACUUGGUGAAAUGAUGGUGAAUGAAUUUCUGGCAAGACCGCAAAAUAUCGCACUGAUUGACCCCGUAACGGAGGUGCAGUUAACCUAUCAACAGAUGCAUGACCAAUCGUCGAAGGUUGCAGCCGGUUUAAUGCGACUAGGAGUUCAAAAAACAGACCGCGUUGCGAUCAUCAGCGACAAUUGUCUGGAGUUUUGUGUUGCAAAAACUGGUUCAAUAUUGGCUGCCAUUCCGGUUGCCCUUUUGAACCCAGCCUACGUGGAAGCUGAGCUCGAGCAUGCGAUCAAUCUUUCUAAGCCAAAGGUUGUUUUCGUUUCUUCCAAUGUACUGGAGAAGAUGGUUAUGACGUUCAGAAAGUUGAAACUACCGGCGAAAAUGAUAGUUUUCGGAGAUCAUCCGAAAGUCUCCAGCUUCCCCGAGGUGAUGACAUUCUCUCAGAUGAUGAAUGCAGAGUCUUCACCUGCCAAGUUUACUUCCGCAAAAGUUGACACCAAAUCGCAUGUGGCCAUCAUUGUUUUGUCUUCCGGUACAACUGGCCUUCCGAAAGGCGUCGAACUUACACACCUCAAUAUAAUGACUACCGUAGCACACUCGAAGGAAACCCGUAAAAUGAUCGAUGAAUUACCGGACCAACUGAUGGCUCUCGCAGUUACCCCGCUGUUCCAUGCGAUGGCAGCUGUCAGUAUGAUAAACAUGCUCACCAACGACUGCUGCUGCGUUGUAAUGACCAAGUUCGACGUUCAUUUGUUUUUAAACAGCAUUCAAAAGUACAAAGUAAAUUUAAUGACCGUACCACCUCCGGUGUUGGUGUUCCUUGCAAAACAUCCCAUUGUAGACAACUACGAUCUGUCCUCUCUGAUGACACUGAUAUGUGGUGCUGCGCCACUGAGCAAAGAAAUCGAAGAUCAAGUGCGGGAACGGAUUGGAGUAGCCUUUAUUCGGCAGGGAUACGGUAUGAGUGAAACAACGCUGGGGGUGUUGAUGCAGACCGGAUUCGAAAACAAGGCGGGAUGUGUGGGUCAAAUUCGAAUGGGCCAGUGGGUCAAGGUGAUUGAUCCGGAAACGGGCAAAAUUCUAGGACCCAAUCAACGUGGAGAGCUAUGCUUCAAGGGAUCGCUGAUGAUGAAAGGCUAUGUCGGAGAACCAGACGUCCUGGAUGAGGAUGGUUGGUUGCAUACAGGAGACGUCGGGUAUUUCGACGAGGAGCAUGAUUUCUUCAUCGUCGAUCGGUUGAAAGAACUCAUCAAGUACAAAGGAUUUCAGGUUCCUCCGGCCGAACUGGAGGCCAUCCUGCUGAAGCACCCCAAGGUGCAGGAUGCCGCUGUUAUAGGAGUACCGGAUGAACGUGCGGGUGAACUGGCGACGGCGUUUGUCGUGAAGGAAGCGGGCGAAGAAGUGAGUGCUGAUGAAAUCGUUGAUUACGUAACUAGUCAGGUGUCGCCACAAAAGCGUUUGUAUGGUGGAGUUCGGUUCAUCGAUGAAAUCCCCAGGACAAUCAGUGGCAAGAUAUUACGCCGACAGCUUCGGGAGAUUAUUCAGAGUACCAGGUCGAAGCUGUAA